AUGCGAACCAUCUUCGAGAUCGCAGACGUUCGAGGUUUCUGCACCAUCGCCUGCAACCACGUUGUCACUGCCGUCGUCGUCGACAUCUUCCAGGUGUCCACAGCCUACGGCAGACGACGCGGAGCGUCAGAGGUCGAUCGGGAUAUGCAUCAGCCGUACAGGAUUGAGGCAGGAACCACCUUUGAAACUGCCGACGCUUGCGCAUUCGUCGCCGCCCAAGUCCACUACGCCCUCGCCUGCAACGACCGCGUCGUCAUUGCCACCGUCGACGUCAUCUGGGUGUCCACAGGCCGCGACAGACGACGCAGAGCAUCAGACGUGUCCCCAGCCUACGGCAGACGACGCGGAGCGUCGGAGGUCGAUCGGGAUAUCAAUCAGGCGUACAGGAUUGAGUCAGGAACCACCUUUGAAACUGCCGACGCUUGCGCAUUCGUCGCCGCCCAAGACCACUACGCCCUCGCCUGCGACGACCGCGUCGUCAUUGCCACCGUCGACGUCUUCUGGGUGUCCACAGGCCGCGACAGACGACGCAGAGCAUCAGACGUCAGUAACGACGUCGACCAACCACUCAGGGUUGGAGCACAAGCCAACUUCGCCACAACCGACGUUCGGGCAUGCGUCGCCGAACAAGUCUACCUCGCCCGCGUCUGGGACCAGGUCUUCAGCACGAUCGUCGACGCAUUAAAGAGCUCUGACAGACGACGGUACGAAACUUCGGCGGCUGAGCGAGACGUCGACCGCUCUGAUGGGAAUGGCGCCCAAAUCACCUUCGGGACCGUCGACCUCGAUUUCGUCGAAGUCUUCAGGAUCUCGGCGAGUCGGCGACGCGAAACGUGCCCUGUAUACACUCUGCGUGGAGUCCCAUCGGGGCGGCCAAACCACUACGCAAACUCGCCUUCUACAGGAUAUCUCCAGCGUCAUCCUGGACUUUCCGCUGUAACUCUGUCGAGGCGUGGCCGCCGUCUACGAGAACCCCGUGUCCAGCCGCCACGGAUGACGCGGCGUGAACAGGCAUUGUUCGGUGGCUCAUUCGCAUCAAUCCAACGGCGCAAUACAGGCCCGCCUUCAGCAAGUCCGCAGCGGCGGCAUGUCGACAACCAAGUCCGACCAGGCCGAGUGGUGGCUCGCAUCAGAGGAACUCGAAGAGCGCUGAAGGUCAGGGUCUCCGAGGAGGCGACGGAGUGCGAGGUGGUGCCCGUGAAAGUUCUUGCCCUCGGAUGGUUGCUGACACUCUACGCAGGUGACGCACUGCGACGUCCUACCCUGAUCACUGCGGCAGUGCGUGGCACCUGUGCUUCGAGGGUGGCCCGGCAGGGGUCGCUCCGGCGCAAGGCCCCCUACCGGCUGCUAGUGCGGUACUCCACGACAUGCCGCAUCGUGCUUAGCAAGACGCCACCCGCGUCAAUCAUCACCGCGGUGUGCAUCCGUAGCCGUGCCUGUUGCGGUGACUUGGCACGCCUGUUGGCGGAACCGGACAUCUGCAGCUCGUGCCCACUGCCCACUGUCGCUCGUACCCAACCGGUGGUCUAA